AUGGCGCUGCCCGGCUCCUCACAAGCCGGGACCUGGAGCCUGCAGCCUCCGGUUCCCACAGCCUCUGCGUCCCCGGGACCUCAGGAGCGGGAGGUCGCCGGGAGCCCUGGGGCGGCCGGGGGGCCUCCGCUGGAGAAGGUGAAGCGGCCCAUGAACGCCUUCAUGGUGUGGAGCUCCGCUCAGCGCCGCCAGAUGGCGCAGCAGAACCCCAAGAUGCACAACUCCGAGAUCUCGAAGCGCCUGGGCGCGCAGUGGAAGCUGCUGGGCGAGGAGGAGAAGCGGCCCUUCGUGGAGGAGGCCAAGCGCCUGCGCGCCCGCCACCUCCGCGACUACCCGGACUACAAGUACCGGCCCCGGCGCAAAAGCAAGAACUCGGGCACCGGCUCUGCCCACUUCAGCCAGGGAGGUGCUGGCCUGGCCUGUGGCAGCCCACACUGGGGGCCUGGGUACCCAACUACCCAAGGGAGCAGAGGCUUUGGGUACCAGCCCCCCAACUAUUCGACAGCCUACCUGCCGGGCAGUUACGGCUCUUCCCACUGCCGACCGGAGGCCCCCUCACCGUGCACCCUCCCGCGGAGUGCGCCUAGGCCCCAGGGGGAGCUAAUGCCCUCUUUGCCCCCCUACCUCUCUCCAAGCUCCCCCACUCCAUACAAUACUUCCCUUGCUGGCGCCUCGUGCGCCACCCGCCUUUGAGUGGCAAGGACACCCAGGGCCAGCUCCACAGACCAGCCCUUUCCAGUUCAGAGGCCUACAAGUCUUGCAAGGAACCAGAGCACCCAAAGCCAUACUAAAACAGUUUUGUACAAUGAAA